AUGGAGCACUACUGCCAUGAUCCCCUUCCAGGACAGGGUUAUAUUAGGCUCGCUACCAUUCAUCCCGGAAAGUUUGAAGACGACAUCGUCGUUUCAUUCCAUACCUCAACAUUUCCUAAUAACACAUUGCCGUACGAGGCUCUCUCAUACGUAUGGGGUUCAGACAAAAGCCAUACACCAAUUUACAUCAGCGAGGAUAAUACCGCUAUAGCUAAUGGAUCACGGGAUGUCUCUCAAAUGGGAUUCAAACAACUUUGGGUUACACAAAACUUAGACGUUGCCCUAAGGCACCUACGUUAUGAUGAGGCGCCCCGAGUUAUGUGGACUGACGCACUCUGUAUUAACCAAACGAACGAAGUCGAAAAAGGUCCUCAAGUCGCAAUGAUGGGGGAGAUUUUCCGGCUUGCUUGUCGGGUGAUUGCUUGGCUUGGGCCAGAUGAAAAUGAUAGCAAUCGUGCUCUGCAUCUCAUGAACUAUUUUGGGUCUCAGGUUGAAGUCGAUUUUGUGAAGCAGGAAAUGAGACCUGUGGCGGGUUGCACCAAUCGUAGCAUCGGCGAUUGCAAUAUCGGCCUUCCUUUACAAGACAGAGAUGUUUCCUCGAUUUACCACUUGCUGUGUCGACAGUGGUUUGAAAGACUUUGGAUCAGGCAAGAAAUUUAUUUAGCUGGCCCGGAAGCAGUUAUCAUGUGCGGCCUGAAUCAAGUCAAGUGGUCAAGUUUCAGACGAGGUUUGGCGUGUACUUAUUUAAAACACACGCCGAACCUUACUGAACAAUUUAAUACCCGGAUGAAUGUCCUUCAUGGAUUUAUAUUUCAGGAAAACUUUAACAAGUUAAUGGAUUUAGACCAUAAAUAUAACAAUACGCAGUGUCUGGACCCACGGGACCGGCUCUAUGCGGUUUUGGCUAUGUUAAAGGACGAUGAAAAGGCAUUGAUCCCAUCACCGGACUAUACUCAACCUUACGAUAAACUUUACGCCACUGUCGUAAGAAACUGGAUUGGAAGCAACAAUUCUUUAAAUAUACUAUGUCAGUGUCGGCCUAAUGACGGCACAUGCCCGAGUUGGGUUCCUGACUGGUCGAAACCGGACACCAGAUCUAUUGUAUUCGCCCCAUACAUAUAUAUGUCACCGUUUACAUCCUGGCAUGAAUUUCCGCAUCCCGACGUACUGAGAGUUAUGGGCGUAUCUAAGUGUGUUGUCUCGGAAUAUCAUCAGCUGCCGCAAUUAUCAAACCACCGCAAUAUCCUUCUCGAGCAAAUACGAACCUUGCUGUUAAAGGUAGACCUAGAGGAGAAACACGCAACUAAAGACUAUACUAGGCUACUUGCUCACGAUAACUUCCCUUAUAGCUUCGAUCCACCCAUAUUCAAUUUCCCGGAUUUCGAAGUGGCGGAACAAUGCGUGGAGUUCAUCAUGUCUGAUCGUGAUAUCAACGGUGCCAGCAACAAGAAAUAG